AUGGAUAGCAAAGUCACCAACACGGAAGCAGCACCGGUUGUAUUUCGGCUUGCUGACCUAGCCUCACCCUACAAGCUUCGCUUGGAACAGCUUGGGGUUGAUUCCCCGAAUGUCCACUCUACCAGGUUGAAGGAACAGCUACUUGCUCGGAUUCCAGAACUUGAAUCCCAUAAGAAGGGACGUUAUGUACUCCUUGCCUUCAAAGCGGACAUAGGACCAGUGCUCCAUGAAGCUAGCCAGUAUAGCAAUGCUCUCCAUCUAUCUAAGGCAGCAAAUAUCCUGAGAAAAGAAAUGCUCCAGCACAAGACAAAAUUCAGCAGCGAGCUCAAAGAUGGCUUUGGUGAGGAGGCUAUCCCACCUGCACUUCUUCAGUUCGUGUGCAGCAUUGAACAUGGUGUUGAUAUAAAAUCACAUCUGAUGCACGGAAUAGCGAAGUCAGACUUAGCUAUUGCUCAGCUUUUACAGUUCAACUGCUACUCAAAACGUAGAGAAGGAUUGACAACCCAAAUACAUUCUAAAGACCGUGAGACCCCUUUUGCUGUCUAUGUUGGGUUGAAGAUGUACGCCAAGACACGAAAAAGAGAGUUGAUUGACAAAUUCCAUGAGCAUGGACUAAGCAUAUCGUAUGACAGGGUAUUAGAGAUAUCCGGCAAGCUUGGUGAAACUGUGAUAAAACAGUAUGACGAAGAAGAUGUUGUGUGCCCAACAGUACUGCGUAAAGGGCUGUUCACUACGGCAGCUGUCGACAACAUUGAUCACAAUCCCACGGCCACCACAGCUAGCACGUCAUUCCAUGAUAAAAGUAUUUCCAUGUUCCAGCGCCCAAGUAAGGAAAACAGAGAACAGCGGGUUUCACUGAAAAUAACAGACAGUAGGACAAGAAAGGUUCCUGAGUUUCCAGAGCAUUAUACAAACAUCGCGCCAGCCUACUUCAAGAAGAACCCAACCCCAGCUUCAGUAGAUGAAGUAUCACUGCCUGAAUCCAGUCUCUUCCAAAGGAUCCUAAGAGCCGAAUUCGAAUGGUUGGAAAAAGUUCAAGAUACCACCGAUGUAGAUGAUGAAUCCAAUAUAACAUGGUCAGCUCAUGCGAACCAGAAUCGGACUAGCGAAUGUGAAACCAGCAUCACUUCCUUGCUACCUCUUCUCCGAGAUCAAGCUCACAGCGUUGCCACAAUAAAGCAUGCCAUGAAGAAAGUAAGGGAAGCUGUAGCAUUUCUUAACCCAGGGCAAACUCCCGUCCUGGAAGCUGAUCAACCACUUUAUGUCAUGGCAAAAUAA